UGAAGAGACAUGCGGCCAGAUCCACAGAGAAGAAGAGAGGGACGCGCUUUCGUAGGAAUCUCUAUAAGCGGACGCAGACAUGCCUGAGCCCCAAAAGCCAGCAGAGGUCCAGCCGGCCGUAGCCAACAAUGAGCCCAGGGAUGAGUUGCCUCCCGAUGACACAGCACCAGGAGAAGGUCCUGAGAUGUCCGAGCUGGCCGGCUUGUUCGUGGUCAGGCCAGAAAGUGCCACAGCCACCAAAGGAAAGGACAUCACGUUCUUGGCUAAAGUGGACUCCACAAACCUGACGAGGAAGCCCGUCAUGAAAUGGCUGAAGGGGAAGUGGCUGGACCUGGCGAGCAAAGCCGGAAAACACCUUACGUUUAAAGAGACUUACGAUAGAAACACCAAGAUCUACACUUACGAGAUGAGCAUCAUCAAAGUGGUGGAUGGAGACGCAGGUGGCUACCGCUGCGAGGUCACCGCCAAAGACAAGUGCGACAGCUGCACAUUCGAGGUCUCCGUGCAGGCUGUACAAGAAGAAUCGCAGGACAACAUCUUGGAGGCUUUUAAGCGAUCCGGAGAUGCAGGUGAAGAUGCAGGUGAGCUCGACUUCAGCGGCCUGCUGAAGAAAAGGAAGGAGAAGAAACCGGAAGAGCCAAAGGAGGAAGUGGAUGUCUGGGACAUUUUAAAGACUGCCAAGCCCUGCGACUUCGAGAAAAUUGCUUUUCAGUACGGCAUCACGGACCUGAGGGGCAUGCUGAAGAGGCUGAAGAAGAUGAGGGCGGAGCCCAAGAAGAGUGAUGCUUUCCUGAGUAAGCUGGACGCGGCCUACUCGGUGGACAAGGGGAAGAAGAUCACGCUUUCAGUGGAAGUGGCCGACUCCAACGCUCCAAUCAAGUGGCUCAAAAACGGACAGGAAAUCAAACCGUCUGCCAAGUAUGUGUUUGAGAGCGUGGGCAACAAGAGGUCACUCACCAUCAACAAGUGCAACCUGUCGGAUGACGCAGCCUACGAGUGCGUGAUCGGGGAGGAGAAGUGCUUCACCGAGGUUUUUGUCAAAGAGCCUCCAAUCACCAUCACCAAGCUGCUGGAUGACGUUCACACCGUGGUGGGUGAGAAGGUGGAGUUUGAAGUCGAGGUCUCCGAGGAAGGGGCUCAUGUCAGAUGGGAGAAAGACGGAGUUGAGCUGAACCGGGAAAACGCAGGUUCAAAGUACAGGUUCAAAAAAGAUGGCAAGAGGCACAUUCUGAUCAUAAACGAAGCGACUAAAGAGGAUAUUGGAAUGUAUCAUGUAUUCACCAACGGAGGGGAGUCCAAGGCCGAGCUGGAGGUUGAAGAUAAGGAGCUGGAGGUUCUGCAGAGCAUCGCUGACCUGACGGUGAAGGCUGCUGAACAGGCUAUGUUCAAGUGUGAGGUGUCGGAUGAAAAGGUGACGGGGAAGUGGCUCAAGGACGGCGUGGAGGUGCAGCCCAGCCAGCGCUUCAAAAUGACACACGUUGGAAGGAUCCACAAGCUGGUAAUUGACGAUGUGAAACCUGGCGAUGCUGGCGAUUAUACCUUUGUUCCAGAUGGCUACGCACUUUCUCUGUCUGCAAAACUCAACUUCCUGGAGAUCAAGAUUGAAUAUGUUCCCAAACAAGAUCCUCCCAAGAUCCACCUGGACACCACCGGCACUGGCAGCAAGAACGUCAUCACUGUGGUUGCAGGAAACAAGCUUCGUUUGGACGUGGAGAUCACCGGAGAGCCAGCGCCCGUAGUGGUCUGGAUGAGAGGAGACCAAGUGAUAUCCGAGGCCGAGGGACGGGUCCGCGUGGAGACGAGGAAGACCCUCAGCAGCUUCGUGAUAGAGAGCUCAGAAAAAGAAGAUGAGGGCAUGUACACCAUCUGCGUGACUAACCCUGCCGGCGAGGACAAGGCUGAACUCUUCGUCAAGAUUGUGGAUGUGCCCAACCCCCCCGAGAAUGUAAAAUGCACAUCCGUUGGCGAGGACUCGGCCACGAUCACAUGGGACGCUCCUUCAUUUGAUGGCGGAGUUCCCGUUAAAGGGUACCUGAUGGAGAGGAAGAAGGUGGGCUCCUCCAGAUGGACGAAGCUCAACUUCGAUGUUUACGAGUCCACCACAUAUGAGGCUAAGAAGAUGAUUGAAGGGGUGCUGUAUGAAAUGAGAGUGUUUGCAGUCAACGGCAUCGGCAUGUCUCUGCCCAGUUCCAGCUCCAAGCCCUUCAUGCCCAUCGCCCCCACUAGCGAGCCCACUCGUCUCAUGGUGGAAGACGUGACGGACACGACCUGCGCCCUCAGGUGGCGACCUCCGGAGAAGAUCGGAGCAGGCGGCAUCGACGGCUACAUCAUUGAAUACUGCAUAGAAGGAAGUGACCAGUGGGUGCAAUCUAACCAGGAACCGGUUGAGAGGAACCAGUACAGGGUCAAAGGUCUCCCGGUGGGGGAGAAGAUGCUGUUCAGAGUGGUGGCAGUCAACAUCGCCGGACGCAGCCCCCCCGCCACUCUCCCCCAGGCCGUCACCAUCAGGGAGAUCAUAGAAAAUCCAAAGAUCCGCCUGCCUCGUGCCCUGAGAAGCAAACUCAUCAUACGAGUGGGUGAGAAGGUGAACCUGCAAAUCCCCUUCCAGGGGAAGCCUCGCCCCGUGGUGACCUGGUGCAAAGAUGGCGUCCCCCUGGAGGACACGACGGUGGGGACCCGCACCAGUGAGGUGGACACCAUCCUCUUCAUCCGCUCAGCGCAGAGAGACCACUCUGGGACGUACACUCUGAAUGUGCAGAUUGAGAACAUGUCGGACAGCGCUGACAUACAGAUCCAGGUCGUAGAGAUACCCGGCCCGCCCAUCCACGUGCUUGUCACCGACGUCUGGGGCUUCAACGCGGCGCUGGAGUGGAAGCCGCCCAAAGACGACGGCAACUGUGAGAUUAUCGGUUACGCCGUUCAGAAAGCCGACACGAAGACGCAGGAGUGGUUCACCGUCUACGAGCACAACCGCAGGCCCAGCUGCACCGUGUCCGACCUGGUCAUGGGGAACGAGUAUUCUUUUCGAGUGUACAGCGAAAACAUCUGCGGCGUCAGCGAGAGUCCUGGCGUUAGCAAGAACACCGCCAUCAUUACCAAGACAGGCCUGGAGUAUAAUCCCCCACCCUUCAAAGAGAAGGACAAGAGCAGCUCCCCCAAAUUCACGGCCCCUCUGCUGAACCGGAGUGUGAUCGCGGGUUACACCACAGCCAUCAGCUGCGCCGUUCGCGGCAACCCAAAGCCAAAGAUCAUCUGGAUGAAGAACAACAUGAUGAUUGAAGGUGACCCAAAGUUCCUGAUGCAGAACAACCAGGGGGUGUUGACUCUCAACAUCCGCAAGCCGGGCCUGUACGACGGGGGGAGAUACUCCUGCAAGGCUGUUAACGAACUUGGGGAGGAUCUGGUGGAGUGCAAGCUGGAGGUCCGAGUUCUUCAAGAGAAAGGAGAGGAGGAGAAGAAAUGAGCAGUUGCACGAAACAGCGGAGGAUACAGUUGAACAGGAAUAGUAAUGGAUUAUGUAUAAUGGGGAUAGUCAUGAAUAAAUAUGAUUAGAAUAGAUCACUGGUGAGGCUCUAAAGCCACCCCCUGCACAUAUGCUUGCCUUUCAUUGCCGCUAUGACAAAUGCAACAUCAGAAAUAUGCCAUAAAUUCUUUCAGCAAGCUGCCACCUUUUCAUGUCCUUAUUGAGAGAAGCCUCACAAGUGGUGUAGUAGCGCUCCCCUGCUACGACCACGUACAAAUGGAUCCUUGUGUGAGCUGGACCUGUUACCGAGCCACUUAUAAAACCUCUCAUCUAU